AUGACUGCCAUUAAAAUACCGAACAUUGUGCUCAAUCGAUCGCUUCGAACAGUUUCACUGUUGGCUGCACCGUUAGCGCCUACCAAUGAAGCUCUUAAAUAUCCGGAUCCAACAUGUAUAAAUGCACAUCCAAAAAAGCAAACCAGGAAAACCGGACAAUCAAGCAACUCAUACGAUUUCAACCAAAAAGAACCAGGAAAAGAAAGUAGACUUAUACCUCCCGCUCUAAAAGCUAUAAUAUACUGUUACUUACCUCAUCGUUUAUCGGAAGUGGAAAGGUCGAAAAAGACAGUGUUAGGUGUGAGUCGUUGUUUAGUUGUAUGCCGGCGUGCUGCCCGCUUACCAUAUUUCGAGGCGGCACAUUCUGCAAGAUGA